AUGAAUAUGAUCAUCCGGGUACCGCAGAGUGAGGGAUCCAAAGAAGCAUUACUGGGACGAAUUGAGCACGAGAUGGAGCGACGACAAAUGUAUGAAGAGCUCCGGGUCCUAAAGGAAAACCUCGGCUCCGAGGAGAUGCAGCAACGCAUCCGGAAAACAAAACGGAAUAAGCGAGUGAUGGAGGAAUUUGACCCGCGCAAACAGCAGGAGGAGUCGGCGAAGAGAUUUGGAAGGAUCGGCGGGUCAAUUAUUAUGGGAAAGCGGAGA